AGAGGAAAAAACAAAAUGGCAUCAGGGACGGUAAUGAACGCCACUUCUUCGGGAGGAUCAAAUGACGUGAGCCUGGAGGAACCAAAGAAGAUGACAAGGGAAGACUGGAGGAAAAAGAAGGAAUUAGAAGAACAAAGAAAACUAGGAAAUGCACCUGCUGAAGUGGAUGAAGAAGGAAAAGAUAUCAAUCCUCAUAUUCCUCAGUACAUAUCCUCAGUACCAUGGUACAUAGAUCCCUCUAAAAGACCUACACUAAAGCAUCAGAGACCUCAGCCAGAGAAGCAGAAACAAUAUAGCUCCUCUGGAGAUUGGUACAAACGAGGAGUUCAAGAGCAUGCUAUAGCAACUAGAUAUCGCAAAGGAGCUUGUGAGAACUGUGGUGCAUUGACACACAAAAAGAAAGACUGCAUGGAGAGACCCAGGAAAGUUGGAGCAAAAUACACAGGCAUGAAUAUUGCACCAGAUGAACAUGUGCAGCCUCAACUGAUGUUUGAUUAUGAUGGAAAGCGAGAUCGUUGGAAUGGUUAUAACCCCGAGGAGCACAUGAAAAUUGUAGAGGAAUAUUCCAAGGUUGACUUGGCCAAACGUACACUGAAAGCCCAGAAGCUUCAGGAGGAGUUAGCAUCAGGAAAGCUGGAGCAAGUGAACUCCCCAAGACACCAGUGGGGAGAAGAGGAACCAAAUUCACAGACAGAAAGAGAUCAUAACAGUGAAGAUGAAGAUGAAGAUAAAUAUGCAGAUGACAUUGAUAUGCCUGGGCAGAACUUUGACUCUAAAAGACGUAUCACAGUUCGAAAUUUACGUAUUCGGGAAGAUAUUGCAAAAUACUUGAGGAAUCUAGAUCCAAACUCUGCUUAUUAUGAUCCAAAAACAAGAGCAAUGAGGGAGAACCCAUAUGCCAAUACAGGCAAGAAUCCAGAUGAAGUUGGUUACGCAGGUGACAACUUUGUUCGCUACACUGGAGAUACCAUUUCAAUGGCACAGACUCAGUCAGUUCGGGUUUUGUUUUUGUUUGCUUGGGAGGCUUAUGACAAAGGCUCUGAAGUUCAUCUUCAAGCAGAUCCUACAAAAUUAGAGCUACUGUAUAAAUCCUUCAAAGUGAAAAAAGAAGAUUUCAAGGCACAGCAGAAAGAAAGCAUCUUAGAGAAGUAUGGAGGACAGGAACAUCUAGAUGCCCCACCAGCUGAACUGCUGUUAGCUCAAACAGAAGAUUACGUGGAGUACUCCAGACAUGGAACAGUCAUCAAAGGACAAGAGAAAGCUAUUGCUUGCUCUAAAUACGAAGAGGAUGUAAAGAUCAACAACCAUACAUGCAUUUGGGGUUCAUAUUGGAAAGAAGGCAAGUGGGGUUACAAAUGCUGCCACUCAUUUGUCAAGUACUCAUACUGUACAGGAGAAGCUGGGAAAGAAAUUACUAAUACUGAAGCAAGCUUACUGGAAGAGCAGCCCAGGGAGGAAGAACACAUGACAAAACCCAAAACACUGAUGGAGAUCCACCAAGAGAAACAGAAAGAGAAGAAAAAGAAGAAGCACAAGAAGAGCUCAAAUUCAGAUAGUGAGGGUGAAGAGAAAAAGAAGCAAGAAAAACUUAAAAAGGCACUAAAUGCAGAAGAGGCUCGUCUUCUCCAUGUUAAAGAAAUCAUGCAGUUAGAUGAGAGGAAGAGACCAUACAACAGCCUAUGUGAAACCAGAGAGCCAACAGAAGAGGAAAUGGAAGCCUAUAGAAUGAAACGUCAGAGACCUGAUGAUCCUAUGGCCUCUUUUCUUGGACAGUAG